CAUUACCGAACUACUAGACUCCAAAUCCUACGGAAAUUUUGCCAAAGGCGGACACAUGCGAUAGGACCCAACCAAUCGUCGUCUCCCCGUUCGGCCGAAAAAAUCAAUGUCUCCCUUCCUUCCUUCCCUUAAACUCAACCCAUUCCAUCUUCCUUUCUCCUGACUGCAUUAAAUAUCACAACUGAGCCCUGCUUCAGCUUAAAACCACUCCGAUUCUUAAACCGGAGCUUGUAUUCCGUUGCGAGAAUGAGAAGAAUUGAUUAAGCGGUUCUUGGAAACUUGGUGAGUUCAUGAUGGGGUCCCUUGCUUCUCUUGACUGUUAUUUUCAAAGCCCAUGGGCUACCAUUGGGUUGUGGUUGUCUUUGGUGCUCAUGCUGCAUCAAAGCAUGGGAGUGUUCUCAGAUUCCAAUUACUUGAUUGGGCUUGGAAGCUAUGACAUCACAGGACCUGCAGCCGAUGUUAAUAUGAUGGGAUAUGCUAAUACAGAACAAAUUGUUUCUGGGAUUCACUUCAGGCUGCGAGCUCGUACUUUUAUUGUUGCACAACCUCAGGGAAAGCGAGUAGUGUUUGUAAAUCUUGAUGCUUGCAUGGCUUCACAGCUUGUAACACUAAAAGUGAUUGAGAGACUAACGGCAAGGUAUGGAGACUUGUAUACUGAAAAGAAUGUUGCUAUCAGUGGUAUCCAUACACAUGCUGGUCCUGGUGGUUAUCUCCAAUAUGUUGUGUACAUUGUAACAUCUCUUGGAUUUGUUCGCCAGUCAUUUGAUGCACUUGUUGAUGGAAUUGAGAAAAGUAUUAUACAAGCUCAUGAAAAUUUGCGGCCAGGAUCAAUUUUUGUUAAUCAGGGAGAGCUGUUAGAUGCUGGUGUAAACCGCAGUCCCAGCGCCUAUCUUAAUAAUCCUGCAGCAGAGCGCAGCAAAUACAAGUAUGAUGUUGAUAAAGAAAUGACCCUUUUGAAGUUUGUGGAUGAUCAGUGGGGUCCAGUGGGUAGCUUCAACUGGUUUGCAACUCAUGGAACAUCAAUGAGUCGUACAAACUCAUUGAUCAGUGGGGAUAACAAGGGUGCGGCAGCUCGAUUUAUGGAAGACUGGUUUGAUCGGAAUGGUACUGGAAGCUCAUAUCUUAAGGAAUCUGAAGGAAUCCCUCGAAGGGUCUCAAACAUAAUCCCCAACCUUCCUAAUAAUCACCAUGAGUUACUGGAGCUUGCUGCGUCCUUUCAGUCUUCUCCUGGCAGACCUGCAACCAGGACUCUGAGUGUUGCAAGACGUGUCAGAGGUGCUCUGAGACAAGCUGACAAGCCUGGUUUUGUUGCUGCAUUUUGUCAAUCAAACUGUGGUGAUGUUAGCCCCAAUGUGCAUGGAGCAUUCUGUAUAGACACUGGUCUUCCUUGUGACUUCAAUCACAGCACUUGUGGUGGGAAGAAUGAAUUGUGCUAUGGUCGAGGACCAGGUUCUGAUGAAUUUGAAAGCACACGUAUUAUUGGAGAAAGGCAAUUUAGAAAAGCCCUGCAUCUUUUCAACAAAGCAUCUGAACAGUUACAGGGGAAGGUUGACUAUCGCCACACCCAUCUAGACUUCUCCCAGCUUAAUGUGACACUUGCUAAACAGGGAGGAGGUUCUGAGGUAGUAAAAACAUGUCCUGCUGCAAUGGGAUUUGCUUUUGCUGCAGGAACAACUGAUGGGCCUGGGGCGUUUGAUUUUAAGCAAGGAGAUGAUGCGGGGAAUCCUUUCUGGAGGCUGGUGCGCAACUUACUAAAAAUACCAGAUAAAAAACAAGUUGAUUGUCAGCAUCCAAAGCCCAUCUUGCUAGAUACCGGUGAAAUGACAAAACCAUAUGAGUGGGCACCCUCAAUACUUCCAAUCCAGAUCCUUCGAAUUGGGCAGCUAGUCAUUCUCAGUGUACCUGGAGAAUUUACAACAAUGGCUGGGAGGCGUCUUCGUGAUGCUGUGAAGGAAGUGCUUGUAAGCAGUGGAGAAUUUAACAGUAAUAUUCAUGUUGUUAUAGCUGGGUUGACAAACACCUAUUCGCAGUAUGUUACCACCUUUGAAGAGUACGAAGUGCAGAGAUAUGAGGGUGCCUCCACACUGUUUGGUCCACAUACACUCAGUGCUUACAUUCAGGAGUUUAAAAGGCUUGCAUCUGCUUUCAUCAAAGGCCAACCUGUUGAAGCAGGCCCGCAACCUCCUGAUCUUCUGGAUAAACAAAUAAGUUUCCUUACUCCAGUUGUGUUGGACUCUAAGCCUUCUGGUGUAAACUUUGGAGAUUGCAGCUCUGAUGUUCCUCUGAACUCCACAUUCAAGAGAGGUGACACAGUGACUGUUGUCUUCUGGUCAGCUUGCCCUAGGAAUGAUCUCAUGACUGAGGGAACAUUUGCCCUUGUGGAGAUUCUCCAAGGGAAGGAUACUUGGAUCCCAACUUAUGAUGACGACGAUUUCUGCCUUCGCUUCAAGUGGUCGAGACCUUCUAGGUUUAGUGCCCGAAGCCAUGCAACCAUAGAAUGGCAAAUUCCAGGGUCCGCCACUCCUGGAAUCUACAGGAUAAGACAUUUUGGUGCUUCAAAGGCCUUUAUGGGAUCAAUUCGACAUUUCACCGGAACAUCUAGUGCUUUUGUGGUAGCCUGAAAAAGAACAUCUGCAUAUAUAUAUAUAUAUAUAUAUAUAUAUAUAGCGUGGGGUUUUUUUAAUUUGAGAGCACUAUAAUUUCAAAGUUAUGUACCUAUGAUGCUGAAACUUAUGUACCCCGUUGGUUUAUCUUGAGUGAAAUUUUUUUAG